CCGGGUUCGUACCUCAUCGAUUCUCCGACAGAAAACCGCUUAAAUUCUAGCAAAAUAUCACGGUAAAUUGUUUCAGAUCUCGACUUCAAUUCAGAAACAUUCAGCAUGAAGUUCUUAGAAUAUACGCCGCUGGAACGAAUGAAUGAAUUCUUAAGUCAUUUAAAUCUCGGAGAACGAACAAUUAAGGGAUAUCUUGAACCUUACUCUUGUAAACACACUGGAACGGACAAAAAGCUCUCACUCAGUUUGGAGAAUGAGAUGCUUGAUUAUCUUGGGAAGUCUUCAGAUACAGACUCAUCGUCACCAGCUGAAUUUUUAUUGAGCAGAUCCAGCCGAAAGACGUUGAUUUACCUGGUUCUUACGCUAUAUCGCAUGUAUCCGGAUUAUGAUUUCAGUGCUGUGAAUGCCCACCAGUUCUUCACAGAGGAAAGCUGGGAUUCUUUUAAGCAGAUUUUUGAUAGCUACAUGUUUGAAGCAUCAAGGGCAUGGAUUGAGGAAAAUGAGGGCAGCUCCUUGCUGGAAACAUUAUACAAGGCUCUAGAUGAGGUUGUAAAACUAUCAGAGUGUGAAAUCUACAGUUACGAUCCUGAUUCUGAUGCAGACCCAUCAUUAGAGAAAGGAGCCAUUUGGUCUUUCAAUUUCUUUUUCUACAACAGAAAACUAAAGAGGGUUGUGAGCUUCCGUUUCUGCUGUUUUAGUAACUUGGUUGCUGAAGGAUUUCUCAUGGAUGACUCAAGUUAUGAGGAGGAUGGAGAAAUAUUUGAUGACAUGGACAUGUAAGCGCAGAUAGGUAUGGACUGUCUGUUUGAUGUUUAUAUGUGAAGAUCCUUGGCAUCCGUCUGUAGUUGUGUAAAAAACAGUGCCAUAGACUCAUGGCACUUGAGUGGGUAGGAUUUGUGUUCCAACUUGUGCAUGCAUAUAGUUGCUUCUCUCUGUACUUGAGAAAAUGCUACCUGUAAAAUAAAUGUCACUGAAAUCUAAUGCUAGGCAUGUGAGUAAAACCUUGCUGGAGUAUAUUCAAUUCCUUGUCAUAUUCCAAGGACUUAGGUAAA